UACAGCGAAUGCGAGUUCCAAUUUUCCCGAAGAGCAUGGCAGCUGCUCCUCACCUCCCCAUUUUACACGCUCCAGAAGAGCUCCAAUACCGCCGAUGCUUGCUGAAGCGUUCCACAGCUUCUCUGCUAGAUGCAUGCGCCUUGAUUCUUAGGGUCAUUCCGAUAAUGUACCUCAAGUAACCGGUCGUACCUUGUAUAGAGGUUAUUUGUUCCAUCAAUUGGCACUCCGAUUUACUGGUUGACGGAUGCAGUCCGAAUCACAAUGAUAUAUAAAGGGAACGAGACUUUGAAUCGCCAGUCGUACGGGAGAGCGACAUGGAGUCGCAGCUCUACAUUCUCUGUGCAGCACUCGUGCUGAUUGCCAUCGUUAUCGUUUAUCCCGGUUAUCUGUCCCCUAGGCAUGCUCUACCUCUUCCUCCUGGCCCACCUCGCCUUCCCAUCAUUGGAAACGCGCAUCAGGUGCCUUUCGAUUUACAGGAGGAGAUAUUCGCUCAGUGGGCUCGGCAAUACGGGGACGUACUUUACCUUCGCAUCUUGCAGAAGGAGAUCAUUGUCCUCAACUCACUUCGGGCGGCACGCGAUCUGUUAGAGAAGCGGGGCUUCAUAUACUCCGACAGACCACGCUUUGUGAUGUACUGCGAGCUUAUCUAUUCCUUCCACCCGAAUAUUUCCCUUAUGUCAUAUGGGGACCGAUGGCGCCGCCAUCGCAAGUGGUAUCAGAGCUCUUUUCAAGCUAGAGCGUCCCUCAACUCCUUUCAGCCCCUGCAAGCACGGGAGGCCAAGGUUUUACUCCAAAGUAUGCUCAAAACGCCAGAGGAGUUCAUUGCCCAUAUCCACCGAUUUGCUGGUGCUGUGCUGCUCGAGAUAGCCUAUGGCUACCUCGACGAAGCCUACGUCGAUAUGGCAGCAGAAGUGAGCGCAGGCAUCUUUGAGACUGGCGGGGCAGGUUCCACCACAGUGGAUUUCUUCCCGAUCCUCAAAUAUCUACCGACGUGGAUGCCGGGCGCAGGCUUCAAGCGCAACGCUUUAAAGAUUCAGGCCAUGGGUGAGCAUGUGAGGAACGUCGCCUUCUCGAAGGUCAAGGAGGAUAUGGCUUCGGGCACUGCCAAGCCUUCUUUCGUUAAAAACAUCCUCGAAGAGAUAGCUGAGCCCACAGCAGAUGAUGAGUUCGAACUCAAGGGUGCUGCAUCGCUUCUGUACGGAGGGGGCACGGAUACGACAGUUACCACCAUAACUGCAUUCGUGCUGGCCAUGGUUCGCAAUCCAGAAGUUUUGGCGAAAGCGCAAGCUGAGAUGGACGCUGUCGUCGGCAACACACGGCUUCCCAACUUCGGCGACCGAGCAUCGCUACCAUACCUAGAAUGUGUCUUGAAAGAGGUUUAUCGGUGGAGUGCCGCUGUACCCCUAUCGCUCCCUCACCGGCUUAUGGAAGAUGAUGAAUACCACGGCUAUCACAUGCCAGGUGGCGCUAUGGUUGUGCCGAACAUAUGGGCUAUGACACGGGAUGAGGAGAUGUUCCCUGAUCCUGAAUCCUUCCGUCCCGAGAGAUUUGAGAAACCCCGCGGAGAUGAGAACGACCCUGUCGACCCACGCGUGAUCAUUUUCGGUUUCGGACGCCGAGUCUGCCCUGGUCGUCUCCUUGCAGACGCGAGUGUCUGGUUGGCAUUCGCAAGUAUGCUAGCGACAUUAAGUAUCCACAGGGCUCACGACUCGUCCGGAAGGGAGAUCAUGCCACCAGCUGACUUCGUGCCAGGGGCGGUAAAGCACCCGAAGCCGUUCAAGUGUGAUAUCCAUCCUAGAACUCCGCGUGCUGCUAACUUGAUCCUCGCUGAAGCCAGAUCAGCCUAAAUACUCGCCUUUCUGAACUCAUGUCGGUAGCUCAGUAUUUCCUUAAGAUGUAACACUUACUUCAGUGUGUAUCAUAUGUAAAAGUCCGGAUUUUGGUCGCCCACU